AGUCACGCGAGCAGGCAGUGUCGAAGCACAGAUGCUGUAUAAGUAUAUUGGACAUGUUUGGAUCCUUACACCAAUCUGUCCUCAGCCCAGUCUUUACAGUUUGAGUUCUUUUUCAAUUAUCCCUCCCGGUUUGUCAACGAUGUCGCAAUUUUCAUGGUCGAAGCGUCGUACUCCAUUAUCAGGGUAUGUCAAUGUCUUUGUGAAGGGCUUCCCCGGAGUCUUAUUACCACCGGUCAUUCCCGUAUUCGACGCGGAUGCCGCCACCAUUGCAGACCUACAAGACGCCGUUUUCCGCCAGCUACCGGCCGCGUUACAGCAGAAUGGGGUUUAUAUCACAACAAGCUCGAACAAGCGUCUGGACGACUACCCACACAAGACCGUCGCCUCAUUCUGUCACGAAUCAGACAUCCUGUCACUUCGGUUGCAAGCUCCAUUAAGAGGUGGCGCUGACCAGGACCCAGAAGAGCAAGAUAGGGAGUAUGAUUGGCCUGACGAACGCUAUCCUCCCCCUGCAGACUCUGCUCGCUCCUCAUGGAAUUACCAGCAUGAACCAUUCGGCCCAUACACACGCGCAGAACGUCAAACACUCGAGGUUAAUCCGCCACACGGUCAACCUAGGCAGCCUCAGCGACUGGUGAGAGGAAGGAGACCUGACUCGUUCCGCAGUCAAGACACCAAUGUGCCAUCCACCUUCCUAGAGGAUAGCGAUUUCAGUCCGGGUUCGGGAUCUGCGCUCAGUGGUGAAGUAGACCCCGGAGAUCGCGAAACCGAGCCAGAGCCCCUAAUCGAGCCAGGAAGGCUCGAAGGUUUCCCUAUCCCUGCAGCUGGACCGACUGAUAGGCGUGAAGGACCACCGCGUCCGGAUCCAAGAUUGCAGGGAAUCCCGGAAGAAGGCUCUUCAAUAGGGGGCGAUUUCGAGUCAAACCCGUCGGGCUCAGGGGCUGAUCCGCCUAUGACAAUGGAAGAGCUGCGGCGGCGUCGGCGUCGUUUCUUUGGUGUCUCUUCGGGGAGUGGGAGUGGCAGCGGCAGUAGGUCGUCGCGCCCCCCGUCAAGCUUGAGACAAGAAGUUCCUCAAGAUGACCUCCCGCGUCCAGAGUCGGGAUUACAAGAAAUGCCUCCAGAAGGUGGGUUCGAUGGUCCGGAGUCGGGACUAUACGAGAUGCCUCCCGAAGGCGGAUUCGACCUUCCAGAGUCGGUCUUACACGAAACGCCUGAACAGGGAGGGGAAGGACAGUUCGAAGUUGAUCCGGAGCACGAUCAAACCUUCAUAUAUGGUCUGGAUGAUUCUGAGCAGACGUUCUACAACGACAACGGCGACGACCAAAGCUACGAGCAGCAUCCUGACGACACUGCCGGCGACGCUGGUCACGACGAUGGUAUGAGGACGCAUUUCGAGGAAGACGCUGGCCGUGACGAUGGGAUGAGGACACAUUUCGAAGACUUGGACAUCGAAGAUCCUGGCGACAAUCAAGGCGCCAACCAGCAUCCUGACGAUACUGGCGGCGGUACAGGGCACGACGACGGACUGGGGACUUUUUUCGACGACGGCUCCAUGGCUCCACCUCCGCCUCCGCCUCCGGGACCCCCAGAAAUGGGUGGCGAUCAUGCAUUCCAUGCAAGUGAGGCUGAACAUACUAGUAGUAGCUGGCUGCAUCUUCGCUAG